CGAGUAAUGCACUCGAUUGCACUCGGUCGAUAAGGGAGGCGAGGCGAACAGGUGACGACAUCGUUGUCAUACUCUCGUGAUUUCAUAACACGCCAUUUUCUUUGUGCGAAGCGCUGGAGCGCGGAGGUGUUUUCACAGACCGUGUUCCCUGACGAGUGCCCCAGCAAAGAAUGGCGUCCCGCAAGAAAGUGUUGCUGAAAGUCAUUAUCCUUGGGGAUUCAGGAGUUGGGAAAACUUCUUUGAUGAAUCAAUAUGUCAAUAAGAAGUUUAGCAACCAAUACAAAGCAACAAUAGGAGCAGAUUUUUUGACCAAGGAAGUUAUGGUGGAGGAUAGAAUAGUCACUAUGCAGAUUUGGGAUACUGCCGGACAAGAGAGGUUUCAAUCGUUAGGAGUGGCUUUUUACAGAGGCGCGGAUUGUUGCGUGCUAGUAUUUGAUGUAUCUGCUCCGACUAGCUUUAAAUCUCUAGAUUCAUGGAGGGAUGAAUUUUUAAUUCAAGCCUCGCCUCGGGAUCCAGAUAACUUUCCAUUUGUCGUGCUUGGGAACAAAGUAGAUCUUGAAUCAAGAGCGGUCUCAAGCAAGAGAGCACAACAGUGGUGUCAGUCGAAGAACAAUAUUCCAUAUUUCGAAACUAGUGCAAAAGAGGCUAUUAAUGUCGAGCAAGCUUUCCAAACGAUAGCUAAGAACGCUUUAGCUCAAGAAAGUGAAGUCGAACUUUACAAUGAAUUCCCGGAUCAAAUCAAACUGACCAACGACCAAAGAAGCAAUGGUAGAGGUGAUUCAUGUGCUUGCUAGGUCUUGAAACAGUGGUAAUAUCUUGAAUGACUAAUAAAGAAUGCACAGGUCAGAUACAUUCACGUCACCUGCGCAUGAAGGACGCGGAGAAUAUAUUGCGAUGAGCUUUUAUGUGUGCAGGAAGUCACGAAAUUUCUUUCUUUGUCUCAACGUGUUAUACAAUCUUUCCUUGUGCCCGUAAAACAAAAAAAAACGUCUCAAUAUCCUUGAAAUAAUUUUGUUGAAACAGUCACAUUAGUAUACGGUAAAAAAAAAAUAACGAGUUAAAUUCAUACGUAAAGAAAUGUGUACAAAUUAUCUUGAUAUACAUACAUCUAUAUAUAUUAUAUAUAAUUGUUUUUAUAAACCUGCGUGGGAAUAAGAUAUAUUUAUCCGACUUCCUGACCUACUAGAAUAUCGCAAUUUUGAAUUAUGUACUCCCGCUGGACUUGACUUGUCAUAUAGGUCCUCUAUGUCUACGUUAUUCUUUAAGUCAAGGAUUCGCAUCUCGUUUUUUAAUAAGUAUUGUAAUAUGCUCUCUUAUCGGGUAUGGCGAAACAUAUGAAUUAUCUUUUCUCUUUUUUUUUUUUAAAUCUCGAGCAUUGAUUGAGUUUGUUGUCUAUUGAUUUUCACCGAAACGAUAAUAGCUCGAGGUUUUCGAAUAAUAUAUAGGAGUCGUUGUUGCACCAGAGAGGAUAAUAUAUGGGUCGGGAACACAGUUAGCGGUACACUGUUAGUAAAUUAUAAUAAAAGAAUUUGCUCAUAAUUUGUUAAGUACAAUUGCAUUUACAGAGGAGCUCUAGUGCAUAUAGCUUAUUAUAUACUUAGAACCGAAUAUUUGCUGUCAGUAAAAAAAUGGUUCGUAUGAAAUAGAACGAAAGAUAAGAUAAAGUUACAAUAAAGUUACUAAGAUACUUUGUAGUAUGUCUCAUAAGGUGUUUUAACGAGUCUGAGAUUUUCACGCGAAUGGCAUGGUGUAAAACUCCUCGAAUCUUUGUUUUCUAUUCGGAAAACUUCUCAAUUGUUAUAUAUAUAUAUAUAUAUAUAAAUAUAUAUUGAAAUAUAAAAUUAUAUUAUGAAGAUUCUCUGGCUUGUUGCGCACGUAUUGUAAUGCUAGGCAUGUUGUUUUGUUUAUAUAAAUUAUUGUUUUAAAUUUAGGGAUGUUUAUAUGGCCAUCCCGAUUUAGAAAGGAAAAAAAUUCGUUGCAGAUUUAGAAAAAAUGUCCCUUUCAUUGAAUGUAUCGUCCGUAAUAAGCGUUUUGCAAAAGAUACUUUUGAAGUUUUCAAGCGUUUUAAGUUUUCGGCGAAGUCCCGAGAAUUCCUCUUCUAAAACGAGAUUCCUCUUCUUGUACCGCGAUGCACACAUCGAUUUUUAAGAUUUUUUACUGUACAUAAGACAAUGGGAUCCCAAAUGCGCGGUGAGUUAAUCGUCAAUUGUAUGGUCUAUCGAACAGUUCUAUGCGGACUACAUUUUGUAAAUAAGACAGCAUAUAUAAUCCACUUAGGAAAAUUUAACGUUAUAUAAAAAGAAUGAAUCUUUAUAUCCUGAUAGCCAUAUCAAUAAGUAUGCUUAUAAUAUUUUAAUUCUACUUAUAGUCUUUAUUAGAGCAGUAAUUAAAUCUAAACGGCGUGUGAUAUUUAUUUCGAUGAAGGGAGAGCAAGCUUUUGCAUAGUUCGUAUGAGAGACACAAGAAAUAUGCACAUUAAUGCUGUAUUUCAGAUUUUUGUAGUAAAAAAAAAAUGAUUGUGGGCUCACAUUAAGAUGUGUUUAAAUGUUUUAAAAUUUGAUUUCUCCUAGGAAGAUAGAGCAAGGUAAGCAUGCUUUUCCGCAAUAGCAACGUAGUAAAACGAUAGUAUUAUGCAUCGCGGUACCGGUAAUUGCGCAUCCGUGUCGCAAGUCAUUUUGUUGAUCUUUGAUUGUUUGCCAGUCUCUGGAUUUAUAAUUAAAUUUGUGAGAUUUUGAUUUCGUUAGGACUUCUAACACACAAUCCCUCCCUUCACCCGUUCUAAGUUGCGUUAUUACGUUCGCUUAAUUAUAUGACCAUCAGCGGGCGCACUGAUUCUAAUGACCAAAUUACUUUCCGUACGAAUUUUCCCAGCGAGAUAUCUAAUCAAUUGACUUUAUAUAUUUACUUCACCAAGGAACAAUCGAACUCGGCUAUUGUCACCUGCUAUUUCUGGGCCACCCUGUGUAUAUAUAACAUUCUUACGAGAUAAAAACUUAGCGUGUGAAAUAUAUGCAUACGCAGGGUGUUCCACAAAUCGUGCACAUCUUCUAAAUCGUAGACUGAUUCCACCGAAGAAUGAUUAGCUGUUCCAAUAGACUGCUGAACGAUUAACACUUAAUCGGCUCUUGACGGGGUUUAGGAGCUCUAAAGAUGCAUACAAAUAA